UAUUCCUCACCAAAGCGGGUGAUAGUGUGUCUCAUUGAGAAGGAAAUUGAGUUUGAAACAAUACAUGUUGAUGGCUUUAAGGGAGAGCACAACCAACCUGAGUACCUCAAAUUGCAGCCCGUUGGAUUGAUGUCUGUUGUUCAAGAUGGUGAUUAUACGUGUGAAGAUAUAUCUCUAAUAUCUAACAUUGGAGUAUUUCCUUAUGGGCAAGCCGUAGCAGUGAGGUCCCAUCAUCUCAAUGAGAGAAAGAUCGGGGUGUAUGAGAGAGAUAUAGUUAAAUUUGGAAUCCUUGAUGUUAUUAUCUCAACCUUGAAAGAACCAAGCAAGAUUCUAUUUGUACACAAAUCAAGGGCAGUACUUAGAUACUAUUGUGAAAAGUACAAAAAACAAGGGACUGAUUUGUUGGGGAAGACACUAGAAGCAGGGGAUCUUGUGGAGAAAUGGCUUGAAGUUGAGGCCCAUAACUAUUACCCACCAAUCUACAACUUGGUUAUGCAUAUUUUGGUUCACCCAUUAAAGGGGGAGCCAUUUGACCCAAAAGUUAUUCAAGAGAGUGAAAAAAAGCUUGGGAAGGUGCUUGACAUUUAUGAGGAGAGGUUAUCCAAGGCAAAGUACUUGGCAGGGGAUUUCUUCAGCCUUGCUGACCUUAGCCAUCUCCCAUUUACUCAUUAUUGGAUAAAUCAAGUGAAAAAGGAGUAUAUGCUUAGAGAAAGGAAGCAUGUGAGUGCUUGGUGGGAUGAUAUUAGCAACAGGCCAUCUUGGAAGAAGGUUCUCCUGCUAUACAAAUACCCUAUUUAGUUGCUUAGCUAGAGGAACAAGCUUUUGUGUUUUCUAUGACCUUGAGAAUAAAAUGUUGCCUUGUCUUCAAAGUAGUAGUUGUCAAGGAGUUUGGUAUGGAGCUGUCUAUGAAAUUAAAGUUAUCUAAGAGGCUUUUAGGGUCAAAAUAAAAUAUUGCUAUUUUAAUAUUUUGUGUAUAGAUAUUAGAAAAAAGCCAUCAACUGCAA